AUGGACAAAACAACAGCCCCCGGCGUGCUCGGCCGUCAAACGGCAAUCGUGGGAUCAUGCAAUGGCAACCUAGAGAUCACAAACGACGCCCCCGUGCCCCAGCUCGAGGACGACAUGGUUCUCGUAUCAGUGAUGGCCGUGGCCUUGAACCCCGUCGACAACAAGAUGCAGGGCCGCCUGAUCACACCAGGCGCAAUCGCCGGCCACGACUUCUCCGGUACCGUCCUCGCUCUCGGCAGCAAGGCAGCAACCCUGACGCCAGCAUCCCUGGCCGUCGGCGACAGAGUAUGCAGCGCGGUGCAGGGCAUGCACAGCCUCACCCCAGCAGUGGGCGCCUUCGCGAACGUCGUCGGCGCCAGCGCACACGCAUGUCUCAAGGUGCCGGAAACCAUAUCCGACCUCCAGGCGGCAUCGUUGGGCACGGCGGUUGCGACGAUGGGACUGGCGUUGUUCAAGUCCUUGGGCAUCCCUGGACACCCGGAGGCGCCCGUCACAGAGGGCAAGGGUAGGCAUAUCCUGAUUUACGGCGCGAGCUCGAGUGUGGGAACAAUGGCGGUACAACUGGCGAAACUAUCUGGCAUGAUAGUGAUCGGGACUUGCUCGCAGAAAAACUUUGACUUGGUCAAGUCUUACGGCGCAGAUGUUGUGUUUGACUACAAUUCGAAAACCUGCGUCCAAGACAUCAAGGACUACACCAAACAGAGCCUGAAGUUCGCCUUGGACUGCAUAUCCGAGGUCGACACCAUGGCAUUCUGCUACGCGUGCCUCGGCCGGACUGGUGGCAAGUACACGCGGCUGGAGCCGUUCCCCGACGUCCUCCACACUAGAAAACACACGGUGACGCCGGACUGGGUCCUGGGUCCCUCGAUGCACGGCAAGCCAAUCAGCUGGCCCCCGCCGUUUGAGCGUGAUGCCGACGUCGAGGUGAGAGAGUUUGCCGUCAAGUGGUUCGCAACCGCGCAGCGGCUCCUUGACGAGGGAAAGUUGAGACCGCACCCUGUCAAGGUUAUAGAGGGAUUUCCUGCCAUCCUGGAGGGACUUCAGACACUAAAGAGAAACCCUCCAUCAGGAGAGAAGCUUGUUGUUCAGCUUUAA